GAAGGUUAGCUUCCUUCUGCUGUACGCCGAAGCGCCGCGCUCACCGCCCCCACGCUUCCCGCUCUUUUCCAUUCCCCUCCGCCUCGCCGCUUCCCUCUCCCCCUCGCCGCCGCGAGCUGCUCGCGAAAUCACCUAGCCCUAGCCUUCUCGAAUCUUCCAGAACCCUCCCCAUGGAAUCCUCGCCCUCCUCCACCGGCCGGCCUCCCUCGCAGCUGCAGGGAGCCCGGGCGCCCCUGCCCAUGCUCCGGAAUCCUAGCCCCAGGGCCAACCUCUCCAGGGACGACGACACGUUCGAGCUCAUCAAGGCGGCGUACGCCGGCGACGUCCCGCAGUUCAAGAAGCUGGCGAAGCGGCUGCAGAAGGCGGGGAAGAGCAUGGCGGAGGUGGUGGUGGGGAUGGAGGCCCCGUUGCAUCCAGGUUACGGUCCGUUGCACUAUGCAGCGUUGCAUGGGAAGGCGGAGAUGUGCAAGUUCCUGAUCAAGGAUCUUAAGUUCGAAGUCGACACGACUGAGGCCUUUGGUGCGACACCUCUAAUGCUUGCAAUACAAUAUAGGCGCUCAGCCGUUGGAAGGCUUCUUCUUGGUCAUGGUGCUGAUCCAAACAAAGCAUCCAGUAAUGGGUCUACUCCUCUCCAUAUGGCAGCAUCUCUAGAUAAUUGUGAAGGAGCAGAAUUAUUAUUGUCCAAAGGAGCAUAUGUUGACCCUAUGUGGGAACAAAAAACUCCAUUAUUCCUUGCUAGUCAAUGUGGAAAUGAUAGAAUAAUGGAAUUAUUAUUGCGGCAUCAGGCAGAUCCUAAUGCAGCAGUUCUUUUAGCGCAUACUCCACUGAAAGCAGCAACAUCUGCUCAUUCAUUGAAAGGUGUGGAGCUACUUAUUAAGCCUAAUUCAGCAGUUCUUUCAGCGCAUACACAUACACCACUGAAAGCAGCAACAUAUGCUCAUUCAUUGAAAGGUGUGGAGCUACUUAUUAAGGCUGGUGCUGAUGUCAAUGCUGGUCACCCUUUAACUGCACUGAUGCUAGCGGCAAUUGCUGGCUACACUAACUGCAUCAAGUGUUUGUUGAAAGCAGGUGCUGAUGCCAAUAUACCUGACAAUAAUGGCACAGUGCCGGUAGAAAUUGCUGCAAUCCAAGGAUGUCAAGAAUGUGUUGAGAUUCUUUUCCCUGUCACGACACCUUUGGCUAGAGUUGCAGAUUGGAGCAUCGGUGGAAUAACUCAGUAUGCAAAAUUUACAAGAUCAAACCCACAAGAUCAUCUGCUCCAGGAGGAUGGUAAACCUGAUUUUGAGGCAGAUGGUGAUGCCACAUUCUCUGAAAGGGAUUAUGCUCGUGCGUUGACUCUCUACACUAAGGCAUUGGAGACUGAACCUGAUAAUUCAACCUUGUAUGUGAAGAUGAGCCUUUGCUCACUGCAUACAGGUGAUAAAGGCAAGGCUCUGGAUGAUGCUGGUACCUACAAAGGUAUGCAGCCGAACUUAUAAAAGUCAUGCUAUGCGCAAGGAGCGGCUCUAAUACUGGUGAAGGAGUAUUACAGAGCAUGCGAGACACUCAUGUCUGGUUUGCACUUGGAUUUUGGAAGCAAACCAACUGAGAUAGCAUUUAGUGGGGAGUGGGGACCAUCAGUGAAGAAUUGUUGAUACUGCAAAGUCAAGAAUAAGUGGGCAAGAUAUUGUGUUAGUACUGCACAGGCAAAAAAACAUAACUGGACAGGUCAAACAUCCUAUGAAAGCUGGGAUGCUCUUUUUUGUUUUGGGACCUGUCCAGGUUUUGUGAAGAUAGACGAUGCUGCAUAGUAUGUGUGCAGUGUGCUGUACCUAUACUAGCUAAACUGUGAAACUGGACCAGAUGGGUGUAAAGAUCAAACAAUGCAAGCCUGAACAGCUUAACCAGUAAUGAUAAUGCUGUUGCAGGUUUCGACGCUGUAGAGUUUAGUUACAAUGCUGCAUAUCCUCAAAAUCGCUUUAAACCUGUGUAGUGAAGGCUGUUUGAACUGUGUUCAAAGUUGAUGGCAUAAUUGAGAUAUCAAAAGGAUACUUUGUUUUUCUUA